AUGGGCCGCGUGAAGCUGCAGAUCAAGAGGAUCGAGAACAACACGAACCGGCAGGUGACCUUCUCGAAGCGGCGGAAUGGCCUCAUCAAGAAGGCGUACGAGCUCUCCGUCCUCUGCGACAUCGACAUCGCGCUCAUCAUGUUCUCCCCCUCCAAUCGUCUGAGCCACUUCUCCGGCAGGCGCAGGAUCGAGGACGUGAUCACGAGGUACAUCAAUCUCCCGGAGCACGACAGGGGAGGAGUCGUUCGGAAUAGAGAGUAUCUGAUCAAGAUGCUUACACAACUCAAAUGCGAGGGUGACAUAGCCGAACAACUUGCACCCAAUAAAGGGCCAGUAAACUCCAACGUAGAGGAGCUUCAGCAGGAGAUCAGGACAUACCAACACCAGCUGCAAGUCUUGGAGGAGCGACUUAGGAUGUUUCAGCCAGAUCCGGUGGUGUUGGCGUCGAUGAAUGAGGUUGAGACAUGCGAGAAAUUCCUCAUGGACACCCUCACCCGUGUCGAGGAGCGGAAGAAAUAUUUGCUGUGCAACCACAUGGCCCCGUUCGAGCCGUCGCCCUCCGACAUGCACCACGUGUUCGGCCUGCCGCCGCCGCCGCCGCAGCAGCAGCAGCAGCACGAAGAGGAGCAGCAAGGGGACCUGGGCGUCAACGCGUUCGGCGGCGACGUGUCCUCGUGGUUCGCCGACGGGCUGCCGACGUCGUCGAUCUUUGCCGGGCCGGACCCGAUCUUGUCCUUCAGGGAUCAGGUGAUCUUCGACUCGAUGCGGCGGGACCCGGUCGUGGGAGGGGUGGACCCGGGAAUAGCCUCGAUGUGCCACGUGGACCAGCAGGGCCCCAGCGACGACUGGCAGCAGGCGUACACGUCGGCGGAGCUCCUCUCCGCGCUCAUCCCGUCCACGCCCUUCCCACUCGACGACCAGGUGACGUGGCACGGAUCAGGACCGUCCAGUUCGACUUCGACCACUGCUGCUUUGCUUUCACCUGAGCUGGCUAGAUACGGUGUCAUCCAGAUGCAGGACGCCAUGGCGCCGGUGCUCACGUCUCCGAUGGUGCCGCCGCACGUGCACGAGCAAGUGGAGGCGCCGCCGGGGAGCUGCUCCAACGUGCCGACCGACGGUGACUGCGCCACCCCCACCCCUGCCACCGCCGCCGCCGCCGCCCAGGAGCACGGCCUGCCCGGCGCGGUCAACAUCGGCUAA